UUGGGAAUUAACCUUUUUUGAGUCUGGAUUAGGGACUAGGUACAUUGGUUGGGUGUUUUGUAGUGUUAACAUAAUAAAAAAAGGAAAACAAGAUUAGAAACUGAUUUUCCAGCCUUUCCUUACCAAUUUCUCAGGCAUCUGAGAGCACUCCUCUGAGUAACUGCUGCAUUAUUUAUGGGUUAUAUUUGUUGAUCUCCGAAUGCUUUGGGUGGAUUUAUAGAGGUGCUUGGAAUUAGAGGUGGAUAGAGUGACACUUCUUUCUUGGCCAGCUUAAAUUAAAGCGCUUAAUCUUAUGAUUUAAAGAAAUUUAAUGCUAGCAAGGCACAGCUAAAAUUUCCUUUGAAUUGAGGAGUUGGGACCAUUUUGACAAUGAAAGCCUCAAGUGCUUAUUUGGGUUCUGGAUGCUUGGUCUGGGGGAAAGCUAAGACCGAAAAAUACCCUAUUUCCCUAUUUUCCUUUCUAGAUUAGAGAUUCUUUGGGGUUAGUAAUCCCCAUUUUCAAAAUGCAAAUACUGCUGGUAUAUUAAUUAUGCAAGGGAUUCUCAAUUAUGUGUGCAGAUUAUUCUAGUCAAAUAAUAAAAUUGUUUUCCUUCUAGAGCUCCACAGAUACCAUGAAGGAGGAAAUUUGGGAGCUUCGUUCAUGGAAAGGGGUGGACAUAAGUUAGGAUGGUUUGCCCAGGUGGAGGAUGACAGGCAGCAUGAAGAUUGGGUGCUGGGUGUGAGAGGCACAGUGAGAACAAGGAGAGGGUGUCAGAGAUGGAAAAGAUGUCUAAAAGGUGGUAGACUUGUGCUAGGAACACAUGGCUCCUACUUGGCUACUUCAUUGCUUUGACUCGAGCAGUUGCGUGAAUGCCCUGUGCCUUCCUGAUGGCUUGCAUAUGAAAUUGUCAUACUCUUCGCUGCAUAUGAACAACUGUUCAGAGAAGAUGUUGAUUUCUUUGACUCUGGCUUAGAAUAGUGGUUCCUAAAGCUGGCCAAGCAUAAAACCACUUGCAGAGCUUUUAAAGAUGUGGAAUUUGCAUGUAACACACCCCAGCCCUGAAAUGCGGUCCAGGAACCUGUUGGAUGAAAAAUAUGCCCCCUUCCAGGUGUUUUGGUGGUAAUGAUUCUGCAGGUGGGCAGUUGGGAGAGUUCUCCCAAAAGGGUCCCAAGCACGAAGAUGGUAAAUUAAGUGCUGAAAUGAGGUAAAUUGAUUUUCUUUCUAACAUGAUUAACAUCGUCAUCAAGAAAGUCUUUUCCUUAUUUUGAAUUUAGGAUGAAUUCCUGGGGCAAGGGAGUGAGUAUAUUUAUGGUUUUUAUGAACCAUAUUUACAUUUUUCACAUGCAAAUAUAGGGCUCCGUUUCUUUAAAAUUCUAAAGUGUUAUAUACACGCAAAGGCCAUUUAUUAUCAUUCAAGAAAAGCCCAAAGAAAGGAAUUUGCAUUAAGGAAGAAAGUGCUGAAUCACUUUCCCGCAUCUCUUUUCCAGUAAGAUAGCAUACUAAUGAAUUACUUUUGGAAGAAAGUUUCAGGGCAUUACUGAAUAGAUCACUUGCUUCUUAGAGCAUACAUUGGAGACUUCUUAUCUGUUCUCUUAGUUUCCGGUAAAACUGAAGUCAGCAGUGACCUCUUCCCCAUUUCGUAGAAAAGAAAAUCAAGGAAGAGAGUGGUUAAGUAACAUGCACUUGGUUGUCAUCACAUACGCCGUGAGAACUACUUACAGUCAUCCACUUAGUCCAGUGUUUGAGUAAAUAAAUGGUUGAGUAGUUUAUAUGGGUGGCCCCGUGGAAAAACAAGUAAAUUGAGUGCCUGAGGAGAGUUUUGUCUAAAUGUGGUUCCCACGACAGCUGGAAUCCAUUGAAAAUUGAAGACAAAGUGAACGUUCUCAACCUCCUUCCCUACUUCUUGGAGCAGAAGCCAACACGGAGCUGUUUGAAAAACAUCUUCACGUGCCAGUGGAAGAAUAGGCUUUGGAGGUUUUCACAGUAGACCACGCUUCUCCCUCUGAUGGACGGGGAGAAGUAAUAGUCCACAAGGUGCUGUCAGAGGUCCCGAGAACACAAACCCACCCGGUUUUCAUUCCUCUCGUUGAAUGGCGUCUGCUGUAGCAGUCCACUGAGGGCUCUUUGCCUUGCGAUUCUGAGCUUGUAGCUAGGACACCAGACUGGGAAGAUGCUGAGUUCCAUCAAGUGUGUGUUGGUGGGUGACUCUGCUGUGGGAAAAACUUCACUGUUGGUGCGCUUCACCUCGGAGACCUUCCCGGAGGCCUACAAGCCCACGGUGUAUGAGAACACAGGUGUGGACGUCUUCAUGGAUGGCAUCCAGAUCAGCCUGGGCCUCUGGGACACAGCUGGCAACGAUGCCUUCCGAAGCAUCCGGCCCCUCUCCUACCAGCAGGCAGACGUGGUGCUGAUGUGCUACUCCGUGGCCAACCAUAACUCUUUCCUGAACUUGAAGAGCAAGUGGAUCAGUGAAAUCAGGAGCCACUUGCCCUGCACCCCUGUGCUGGUGGUAGCCACCCAGACUGACCAGCGGGAGGUGGGCCCCCACCGGGCCUCCUGCCUCAGUGCCAUCGAAGGGAAAAGACUGGCCCAGGAUGUGAGAGCAAAGGGCUACUUGGAGUGCUCGGCCCUCAGCAACCGGGGGGUACAGCAGGUAUUUGAGUGUGCCGUCCGAACGGCCGUCAACCAAGCCAGGAGGCGCAACAGAAGGAAGUUCUUCUCCAUCAAUGAGUGCAAGAUCUUCUAAAUCCGGGAGAGACUUCACCCAACACUCAUUUACGCACCCCAAAAACUAAUGGACAGUGGGAGAGUGGGCAAGCCGGGAAGGGUUAGUGCUCUUUCUGGUUACAUCCCAAGAAGUGUUUUCAUUUGGAUACAGUUGUUGACGAGACUUGGCCACUGGAUGUUUUCACUAAACGCACCCAACAAAUGAACUCCUUGCCCAGCCCAAUUAGAAAAUCCUUUGGGAAGCCACGAUGGAUAUUCCAUCUUUGACUUAAAAGAAAAUUAAAACGAUCUCCAUAAUUUUGGACAAUGAA